AUGGCGGCGGCCACCGCCACCGCCCGCACAGCCGCUUGCAGCAGAGGCGGCGGCCCCGGCACCGACGCCGCGGGCACCAGCGGGGUGCCGCCGCCGCCGCCGCCCCAGCCCGCGGCCGCCACCACGCCGGCCCAGCCGCCGCCCGAGCCCCCCCGGAAGCCGCGCGUGGACCCGCGGCGCCGCCAGGCUGCCCUCUCCUUCCUCACCAACAUCUCGCUGGACGGACGGCCGCCGGUGCACGACGGGGACUGGGGCGGCGGGGAGGAGGGCGGCGCGGCGAAGCCCGGCAGCGGCCCCGGCAGCGCCUGCGGCGCGCGGACUCGGCUCAGCCUGCCGGCCGCCGGCGGCAGCGCGCUCCCCACGCCGGGCACCGCGGCGUCGGCUGCCGCGGCCGGCCCCCACCUCCCGCAGCCCUCGCUCCCGGCAGCCCUGAUCCCCGGCAGCCACGCCACCCUGCCGGGCCCCGGGGCCGCUCGGGGACUCGUCAGCCCCCUAGGAGCGGGCCGGGCGGCGGGAGAGCAGUUCUAUCUGCCCGACGGGCCCGGGGGCGCCGGGCCGGAGGACUUGGAGGAGGACGAUGCGUUCAUCAGCGCGCAGGUGCCGGCGGCCGCCUUUUUGGGCUCCGGGACCCCCGGGAGUGGGGGCGGCAGCCGAGGUCGCCUCAACUCGUUCACUCAGGGGAUCCUGCCCAUCGCCUUCUCCAGGCCGGCCUCGCAGAACUACUGCUCGCUGGAGCAGCCGGGGCAGGGCGGCAGCGCCAGCGCCUUCGAGCAACUGCAGAGGUCCCGACGUCGCCUCAUCUCUCAGAGAUCAUCUUUGGAGACCCUGGAAGAUAUUGAGGAGAAUGCCCCCCUCCGGAGAUGUCGAACUCUCUCAGGCUCGCCCAGACCAAAGAAUUUUAAGAAGAUUCAUUUUAUCAAGAACAUGAGGCAGCAUGAUACCAGGAAUGGCAGAAUAGUCCUUAUCAGUGGCAGAAGAUCCUUCUGUAGUAUAUUUUCCGUGCUGCCAUAUCGAGACUGUACCCAAGCCGGGGAUCUGAAGUUGGAUGGAGGGAGACAGUCAGCAGGCACCAUGAGCUUGAAAGAGAUCAUUGGCCUGGAAGGUGUGGAGCUGGGUGCUGAUGGCAAGACGGUUUCUUAUACCCAAUUUCUGUUACCCACCAAUGCCUUUGGAACCCGGAGAAAUACCAUAGACUCCACCUCCUCCUUCUCCCAAUUCCGUAACCUGAGCCACCGCAGCCUCUCCAUAGGCCGGGCCAGCAGCACCCAGGGGAGCCUCGACACAGGUAGUGACCCAGGAGACUUUAUGGACUAUGACCCAAAUCUCUUGGAUGACCCCCAGUGGCCUUGUGGCAAGCACAAGCGAGUUCUCAUCUUUCCUUCUUACAUGACCACAGUGAUUGAUUACGUGAAGCCCUCAGAUCUCAAGAAGGACAUGAAUGAGACAUUCAAGGAGAAGUUUCCUCAUAUUAAGUUAACGCUCAGCAAAAUAAGGAGUCUGAAACGAGAGAUGGGGAAGCUCGCCCAGGAGGACUGUGGUUUUGAGGAGCCCACGGUGGCCAUGGCUUUUGUCUACUUUGAGAAGCUCGCCCUCAAGGGAAAGCUAAACAAGCAGAACAGGAAGCUUUGUGCAGGAGCCUGUGUGCUGUUAGCAGCUAAGAUUGGAAGUGACCUCAAGAAGCACGAAGUCAAGCAUUUAAUUGACAAACUGGAAGAGAAAUUCCGGCUGAACCGACGAGAACUGAUUGCCUUUGAAUUCCCAGUGUUAGUGGCCUUGGAAUUUGCACUUCACUUACCAGAGCAUGAAGUGAUGCCCCACUACAGACGCCUGGUCCAGAGCUCCUAGCACAGGGGCCACGGGGCCAUGGACCUCUUCCUGUGAGCGCAGAGGAGCAGCACUCACUACUACAAAGGCAGAAAUAGAACUGCAAGUACCAAGCUGCUUUUUCUCUGUGUGUUCGUGAAGAAAAGUUUCAGGACUGAAACUUCAGGGAUUCUUUGGUCUAGCUCGCCAAGGGGAGAGGAGAGCUGUUUACUACUGAGAACAAGCAAGAAGAGUGGCGUGCUGAGGAUGGCCGAGGUUCAUCUAGCUACCCAUGAGCAGAACUCCUAACUGCUUCCCAGGCCUCACCCUCCUCCGCCCGGGCACGCAUGAGCCCUGCCAGCGUGAAGUGCUAGAGCAGAUCAGGGAGGGGAAUGAAGGAUUUUUGAAAGGUCUGCUUUCAUGUGUCAAAGGGCGUGCCAAUCUGUGUUUGUAUCCCCAUUGGAAGUGCACUUUCCCCAGGACAUGUGGCUGUGAGCCAUAUGAAUGUAUAAGUGUCUCAAACAAACCACGUCUAGUCUCAACCCCCAAAGCCAGUCCCCACCUGCUGGAGAAGGACUUUGACAUUAAUCACUCACUUCCGGAUUGAGAUCUCGAGCUCUUCAGAAAUGACCUUGUUUCUGUGACUGUGCCUGUCCCCAACUGGACAAAGAAGACCGUUUCUUAAGUGUUGGAUGAAUCGCAAAAGCCUGGAGUGUGGCACGCUCUGUACCUUCCUGCCUCUGUCACACUAUGUGUGUCUGGUUAAGCUGCACCUGCAGCCAUGGGAACGCUGGCAGGGGAGGUACACGCCAGUGUGUGUAUAUUCCUGUGCUCUAUGUUAGAGUGCAUCAUAAGCACAUUUAUUGUGCUGAAUAUAUAUGUAUAGAUAUAUGUUUUAUAAAAAUCCGGUCUUGGGGUAAGUCGCAUGAUUGGUGUUUUGUGGCUUUUGCAACUGGGACAGAUGCAUUUCAAGCUGCGGUUGGAUUAAAGGAUGAGGCACCGGCUCUUAUUUCCACAUACCCAAGGUCCUUAGCACAGAAAC